UUUUGAGGCUGCAGGUUCAGUUCGUGGCUUCUAGGAGUUUUAAAGACUGAUAUUAUAAAGGAUGGGUCCGAAACAGAGCAGUCCGUCCGCGGGUGUCCGGGUCAGGUCUUUCUCCGGGUCCGAUGUGAACAGCGGGAGCGCGCGAGCUGCGGUGUUGCGCUAUUACGCGGGCGGGUCGACGGGUCAGAUCGGUGAACGGGUCCAGUAUUCAUCACACAGACCCGGCUCAUUCAUCCAGAGCGCGAUUAUACCCACCAGCGGCCGGAGAGAUGAGACUGACGGACAGAGAACACUGAUGAUCGGCUCUUUACCUGCACACCUGACGCCUCACAUGCUGGGGGUUGGAUUCGACUGUCCCGUCUGCUCGAAGUUUGUCUGCUCUGAUGAAAUGGAUGUUCAUUUGCCCAUGUGUUUUUCCAAACACAGACUCUAUUAUAAUGAUGAUGUUUUAUCGCAGGACUCUGGUGAGUGUCCGAUAUGUCUGGAUGACAUGGUUCAGGGCGACACCAUCGCUCGACUGCCCUGUCUCUGUGUCUACCACAAAGGGUGUAUUGAUGAAUGGUUUGAGGUCAACAGGUCGUGUCCAGAACAUCCCACAGAUUUACAUUCAAACAGAUAUUUCCAGUAAAGAAGAGCAGCAGAAAAGAGCUCAUCUGAUAUUUUCUCCAGGAUCUGAGGUGCUUUGACACUAGAUGAUGAAUCCAUAACCAUCUGAGACCUUUAAUAUGGAGCUAAAACCUGCUGUGCCAAAACUGAAUGAAAUCAUGCAUAAUAUACUUUACACAGUUCUAUUAUCAGCCCUGAA